AUGCCAAUGGGGCGUAUUCAAGAAGAGGACGAGAAGCACGGUUGUAAGUGCAACGAAGGGGAUGAGCAUUGCAGGUGCGCGAACGAGCCAGAGCGAAGCCUUCUUCGAAACACCGAGAAGCAAUCUGGAAGUCACGAAAAUGAUGAUGGUCAACCCGACGAUGCGGAAGUCAGGAACGGUGGAUAUGACGAAGUUGUUCUAUUGGAAGAAUACGAAUGGGAUGAGGGCAACGGUGAGCUUGCAUACCAGCAGUCACGCUCAGUCUGUCAAAACACCGAGGCUUGGAUAGAUGGUAACGAAAGUUACCAUUCCACAGGGAUGUAUACCCCACCGCUACCUCUUCCAUCGUCCCAGCAAGUUCUUGAACCUCCUGAAGAGAUGCCGCGAAACACACCGGACCCGUCACCAGCGGCCCCUAACGGAAUCAGGUCCCAGCUGGACAUAUCGAUCUCGCACAAGAGAUUCUUGGUUCCCGAGAAGCCGCCAGGCCUAGAGCGCAGCGAAUCCUCAAGCGACUAUAUGGAUACCGAGGAUGUGAGUAUGGGAGAGCAAGAAGACCUCAGGCGGGAGAGCGGUGGAAGGGUCAUGGACCUGUAUCGCAAGGCGGAGAAAAGAAUCAAAGACCGCAACGGAAGAAAGAAGGAGGAUCAGGAUCAGUACCUGCACUCUACAGACAACGACAACAUCGUCGGUGCUAAGAGUAAGCUACGAACUAAGCUCAUCUGCAGGAUACUGGACAACGUCCGGAAAGAUGGCUUGAACGCAAAGUUAGUCACCAGCAGCCACCUCUUGGAGAUCCGGAAGCACCUAUUUGCGGCGAGUCACUGCCUGCAGCACAUGGAGGAAACAUUAUCUUCGAUUCGGGCCACGCAGAAGAAGAACCCGCUCCGCAGACUGAUGCCUCUGCGGGGUAAUGAUAUCCGAUUGAUACUCAAGAACGUUGGCGAGGGAAGCCCUCUCAAGCAAUCAAGAUUGGUGGACGAUAGCUCGUCUCUGAAUAGUACCGAAUCGGACACCUCGGAGAUGGCUCAGGAGCGUCAUAUGGAACGAGAACCCAGAAGGUGGGAUCCCGACCUCGAGCUAGAGAACGAAGAAUCUAAAUCACACUGCGCAGGCAAAGCAGUUGACCAUGGUUGUCCUUAUAUGGGAGAGGAGAAAUGUGGAGAGCCGACUCGGGCUCCUCAACAGACCAACGAUGAAGACUGUACCCUCCAAGAGAGCUGCGCUUUUCGAGAAAGCUGGGACCUCCAAGAGGCCAACUCUCAAGAUUACAUAUACCCAGGUAAAACAGUUAGUCGCGGCGGCCUCGUACAGGGGGAGGAGCGCGGUGAGAGUUCGAGUCAUCCUUCUCAAUGGACUGAGGAGGAUGACGCAUGA